AUGAAUGUUUGGAUGACUAACAAUCAAGAUAAUAAAAACAAAAGGCUACAAACUAUAGGUGACACUAGAUGGUGGUCCAAAGACUUGUCUCUUCGAAGAAUAUUUGGAACCCCGAAUAAUUCACAGAAUGCUUUAUAUGUUGAAGUCUUAAUUUCACUACAUGCUAUUGAGGAUUCAGUUCAGUUUACUCCAGAUGUAAGAUAUAAAGCCACAAGUUUUAAAGAAUCAUUGUUAAAGUACUCAACAUUAUUGACUGCAUUUUUGUACAUGAGAAUAUUUGAAAUAACAACUCCACUGUCAAAAUAUUUGCAGACAUCGGGUAUGGAUAUUCAAAAAGCAUACAUUAUGGUUGAAAACACUGUAAAACAAUUGAAAUUAUUAAGGAAAGAUGAAGCUGGCCUAAAAAAGUGUGUUGAUAAUUUUAUUAACACAGCAAAUAUCAAAUUGGACGAAAAAAACCAAGAAGAAAAUAGUGAUAUUGACUUUAUUAUUGAAAGCAAAUUACCCACAUUAAGCAACGUCAAUGACAUUAAAAAUGGUCUUCCAGCUGAAGCACUUGAUGUUCUAGUCUCAAAAUUAAUAAAAUUUGAUUCAGAAGUUACUGCUGAUAAAUUAAGGACAGAAUUAAUACACUUUUCUAAUAACUGGGAGUCAUUAAAAAUAAAUAUUGCAGAGUCCUAUACCUUGAAUCACAUUGAUGAUGAAGAUAAUGAUGAUAAUGAUGAAGACAAUUUAAAUAAAUACAAUAAUUGCACAACACUGUCAACCUGUAAGAAUUGUGCUACCUGUUGUUAUACACUACUUAUAAAAUUUAAUCUUUAUAGUAAUGCUUAUAGCACAUUGACUUUAGCUUACAAAUUUUUACUUACUUUGCCAACGACACAAGUAGCUUGUGAGAGAUCAUUCUCUAUACUUAAAUGUAUUAAGACCAGAUUGAGAAGCACAUUAUCUGAUUCAUAUUUAGAAGAUUUUAUGCUAAUGGCAGUAGAGAAGAAAAUGUUAAAUGAUAUUGACACAGAAAAUAUCAUUAAUAAGCUAAAAAAAAAAAGUGCAUUACUCAAUAAAGAACUCUGA